AAGACCUCUGUUUAAAUGAUAAAGGCUUGCUUGCAUUAGAUUAGUUCUAUACAAUACAUAUUUGUUUGAUGCAGGGAAAAUAUUUGUCCUUUUGCCUUGUAAUAAGCAGGACUGAUAUAUAUCCAUGCAUUCUUUGUGUCAUACUAAUGCAAUAUUAAUGUAGCAGGAUUCCCCAGCCUCCUUGAAAUGAGGUAUCCUGCAGCCGGAUUUUUAGUUUUGUUCCCCUUACAGGAACUGUCAAGAGCAGAUUUAUCCCUCCUACUCCUAAGUCAGUCAGCUGGAAGGAGAGUGCACAGUUAACACUCAUCCCCCAACACUAGCCCCCAUCAUAGUCCCAGCCCUAAGCCUUUGCCUGUGAAAGACGAGAACAUUUGGCUCCACUUAGGGAGUAUAGUUGGCAGCCUCCAGACUUACAGCCUGCAUUUUUAAAGUAAGAAAAGAAUCGGAGGGGAAGUAAGAGAAAUCCAUGGGAAAGCAGCAGAAGGGAUAUAGGAAAAGCACAAAGAUGAAUGGAGAGGCCGCUACUGUAUAAACAGAGCACCUUAGCAAAGGGGAGGGGGUAGGAACUGACUGUUGGAUAGAAGGUGCAAGAGGAGAAAUCAUCAUUUGGACUGGUCAGAAUGCAUAUCAUUGUCAGGGAGACAAACUUAGCCCAAGGGAUAACACACAGACAGGAGUGAGUCUAGGGAGCAUGCAGUGCAUUCCCCCAACAAGCUGAGACAAGGUGCCUGGUUAGUCUCUGCCAAGUCAUCACCUAUCACAGACUUCUGAUAAAAAAACAUGGAUGGCACCCAAGAUAUUGAGCAUCGGAGGAAAAGGUACAUCUGGGCAUUUCUUGCCCUUUUUGCUGGAACAGUGCUGCUAGCUGGAAUUUUCACUGUUUCUAAGUCAGUGCCCUUGGAGACAAAGGUAGACUUUGUUGUGGCUCCAACCCAGGCUCUUCAACUGCCUCUUCAGCUCCCUCGUCACCUGAGGAACAAGCGUUACACGUUGACUCCAGGUCUUCUCAAAUGGGACCAUUAUAAUCUAACGUACAGGAUCGUUUCAUUUCCACGGAAUCUGAUUAAUGAAAGUGACACGAGGAAGGGGAUGGCCCAGGCUUUCCAGAUGUGGAGUGAUGUGUCACCUUUUCACUUCAAGGAAGUCCCUGCAGACCAACAUAGUGAUCUAGAAAUUGGUUUCUAUGGCAUUAAUCAUACAGACUGCUUGGAGUCCUAUAUUCAUUAUUGCUUUGAUGGAACAACGGGAGAGUUGGCGCACGCAUACUUCCCAAAAACAGGAGAAAUACAUUUUGAUGACAGUGAAUAUUGGAUUUUGGGUAACACAUGGUUCAGCUGGAAGAAAGGAGUGUGGCUCACAGACUUGGUUCACGUGGCAGCCCAUGAGAUUGGACAUGCACUGGGACUGAUGCAUUCACUCAAUUCUAAUGCUUUGAUGCACAUCAAUGCCACUCUGACGGGGAAAAAACUGAUCUCACAGGACGAGAUAUGGGGAAUCUUCCGUCUAUAUGGCUGCAAGGAUAAAUAUUUAGUGUGUGCCUCCUGGGCCCACAAGGGCUACUGUGACUCGAGAAGAAGACUUAUGAAGAAGUAUUGUCCUUAUAGCUGUGACUUCUGUUAUGACUUCCCAUUUCCAACCAAACAGCCUACACCUCCUCCUCCUAGAACAAAAGUUCGAUUGGUUCCUGAAGGCAGAAAUGUUACUUUACGAUGCGGGAAAAAAAUCACGCACAAAAAAGGCAAAGUUUACUGGUACAAAGACAAAGAGCUGCUGGAAUACUCUUACUCUGGUUACCUUAGCCUCAACGACGACCACAUGAGUAUAAUCGCCAACGCCAUUAAUGAGGGACUGUACACCUGCAUAGUGAAGAAGAGAGACCAGAUUCUUACAACUUACUCAUGGAACAUCCGACUGCAAAUGUAAGAGCUCUGAACACAGAGCAACGAUGGCCUUAUAAACAGGACUGUCAAAUACAAGUUGACAUUUUCAUUAUUGUUAUUUCCCAGCUGGCAAAACUGUAUAAUACUCAGAGACUGAUAGAGAAUACCUGAACAGCACUAAGGGUAUAACGAUUGUUCUUCCUAGUAAAGGGGUCCUAAGGUUGGUACAAAUCCUCCUAUUGGGGGGCCAUUUCAUAAGAAUUUUUUACACAACUGUAUUGCGACAUAGAGGUAAUAUCUCAGAUAUUGGCCUUAAUCUUUUUAAGAAUGGUGCUCACAACUAUUAAAAGAACACCUGCUUCCCUCUAACACUCCUUAAGUGCUUGAGUCCGACUUUUGCACUGGUAUUCCCAGCCUAUAGCUGUAGUAUAAAUAGCAGAAUAAAGACUACCUACAUAAUACAAGUAACACAUAUACCUUGUCUAUUUGCACAGGUAAAAUCCCAAAUAUUUGUCUAUGAUACAAACACCAUUGCAGAUGUCAUUCUUAACCAAUUGCUUGAGCAACCACAGGACAAAGAUGAUGAUCAAAUCAGGCAACGUUGGUCUAUAAAGCUGAUGUCAUAACUAAUGCAAUGUUUUGAAAGUCCAAAGCUGAUGUCAUCGGUGGUAGCGUUGUUAAAUAUUUUUGCCCGUGAUCACAGAUCCUCUUAUUUUAUAGACAUAAUCACAGCUGCUAAUAUCUGUGAUGUCAUCUCAGCAAGGACCUAUCACUGAUGAUGUCAUAUUCAUGUUAAAAUAUUAACUAUCAUUUUAAAUUGAAACUGGAGCUAUUUGUAUGCCAAUGGCAAUACCCAAAUAUGGUUUAUGACCAGGACUGUUGCUAGAACUGAGGCAUUUUGAACAAAUUUGAGAAAAUUGGGCCCCACCUUUAUAAUAUUCUAAUAUAGGAAAAACCUCUAAGUAUGAUCAAAUACAGUAAUGUUUCUACAUUUUUAUGAAUACUUUCUAGCUGAAUCAGUAUCUCCAUCAUUUUACAUGAAUGAUUCUUUAACAUAGGCAUGAGUCGUAUAGUGCCCCCCCAGAGGUAUCACAUCUCUGGCCCCUCCAACUAUUGUUAGUGGGCAAAUGUCUGUCCAUUCCAGGUCCAGUGCUUCUUACUGUAUGUAUUGUUCAUAGAGAUCAUUUAGAUAGCUGGUUCUAUCAAAACUGACUGCAAGUUGCCAUUGCAAAGCUGCUAUAUAAGGAAAGGGUCCCUUUUAAGUGGCAGAACUAACCAUAUAUCUGUAUAAAGCAAAGCAGAGUCAAAUAGCAGACACUUAAAUAACAAUUAUAAUGUUGAAUGAUUGUAUGUAAUAGAUUAAAAUCUGCAUAAAACG